AUGGAGGUGGAGGAGGAGGAAAGAGCUCUCCACACGAUCAUGUGGAUCGUGUGUUCCCGAGAGUUCUUUGAUCGCGUAACGCAAGGGUUACGCGAGAUCUCGAGCAUGAGCGGAAUAGGCGUCUCAGAUGGUGGACACUGCCUCGAAGCAUCGAGCUGA